AUGUCAAAAUCAGAAAUGAUUAUUUCAAUUGAUAAUAUUAAUAUUUUGAUUUUAAUUGAUAAAUUAUUCACACAUUUGAAUAAAACACAAGCUAAAUUUAACGAAACGAAUCAUUUUAUUAAUGAAUCCAUUGUUCUUUCUUCUUUAUCAACCGAAGAUAUAUAUAACUGGCUUAAAGUAAAUCAAAAUGAACCAAAAAAUGUUUUUUUACUUGGAAUAUUUUCUUAUUUCAAUAUAAUCAGUUUAAAAGACAAUAAUAAUGAAGGGUUUAAUUACUUUUUAAAAUCAGCAGAUAAUUGUCCUAUUGCACAACUAUAUUUAGGUAAAUGCUAUACUAGAGGAUUUGGAACUGAAAUCAAUGCCAAUUUAGCAUUUAAUUGGAAGAAAAAAGCAGCAGAAAAUGAAAUUAUUUAUGCGCAAUUAGAACUUGGUUAUUUAUAUAAAACUG